AUGCUCUCCAGUUCCCACCUCUGCUGCUCUCUGCCAGCUUUCAUCAUUUAUGGUUUAGUUCUCCAAGUUCAGGAGCUUCAGUCAGCUCCGUUCAACGUGACGGGACCCCCCGGCCCCAUCACCGUGGCCAUGGGUGAGGACGUGGUGUUGCCUUGUCGCUUCUCCCCGGCCCAGAGCGCGCGGGACAUUGAGGUGACCUGGUUUCGGGAACACUUCUCGUCCUUUGUGCAUCGCUACAAGGGGAGCCAGGACCAGUACGGGGAGCAGAUGCUGCAAUACCAAGGGCGCACUGAGCUGCUGAAGGACGGCUUCGCCAAUGGCAGCGUGGACUUGAAAAUUUUCCGCGUCCAAAUGUCUGACAGAGGGAAUUACACCUGCUUUGUUCAGCGCGACUCGGAUUAUGACGAGGCUGUGGUGGAGCUGCAGGUGACAGCCAGCGGCUCUGCCCCGCUCAUCGUGCUGGAGCAGUACCAGGACGGGGGGAUCCGGGUGGCCUGUCGCUCGGACGGCUGGUACCCGCAGCCCCAAGUGCUGUGGCAAGAUCCCCACGGGCGGCAUCUCCCAUCCCUCUCGGAAAAUGUUACCCAGGACGAGAGCGGCCUCUUUGCAGCGGAAAGCAGCAUAAUCCUCACCAGAGACGUGAACCAAAAACUCUCCUGCUCGGUCCGUCAUGCCCUGCACAGCCAGGAACGGGGAUCAUCCUUUUACAUAUCAGAUCCCUUUUUCCAAAACGCCCAUCCUUGGAUGACCGCCCUGGGUGUGGUCCUGGUUGCUGUGGUCGCUUUCCUUAUUAUUGCUGUUUAUCUGUAUAAAAUUAAAGGAAAGCAUGAAAAAAGAAGCAAGCUGGAGAACUUGGUGACAUGGAGAAGAUACGCAGUGCCUAUAGCAGCAGUGAACGUGGUUCUGGAUCCAGACACAGCCCAUUGUGACCUUGUCCUGUCUGAUGACUGCAAAAGUGUGAAACGAGAAGACACACGGCAGGACAUCCCCGACAUUCCGGAGAGAUUUAACCCGUGGCGCUGUGUGCUGGGCCGUGAAGGCUUCACCUCGGGGAGAUACUACUGGGAGGUGGAGACAGUGGAUGGAGGGGGAUGGACUGUGGGAGUUUCUAGGAAAGAUGUGAAAAGGAAGGGUGAGAUUGAGUUUAAGCCAGAGGAGGGCAUCUGGGCAGUGGGGCAGUGGGCAGGGCACUUCCAAGCUCUCACAUUCCCUAAUCGCACUCUCCUUCCUGAAAUCCAGACUCCCAAGCGGAUCCGGGUCUCUCUGGACUAUGAUGAGGGACGGGUGGCAUUUUUCAGUGUUGAUGAGGAGAUUCCCAUCUUCACAUUUCCACUGGCAUCAUUUGAGGGCGUAAAAGUCCACCCUUGGGUCUGGCUGGGUCCUGGGACUUGGCUCAAAAUGUGGCCGUGA